AUGAUUCUUUUAAAACUUUUUUUUCUUUCUUUUUUCUUUUGGGGAAAAUUCUUAAUUUUUUAUUUUCUUUCCUUCUUUCUUUCUUGUUAUUUCUUUCUUUCUUUCUUUAUUUAUAUAUUUUCUCUUCUUUUCCGAUUUUCUUUUUUCUUUCUUUUCUUUCUUUCUUUCUUUUUUCUUUUGAGAAAUCACCUUUCUUUCUUUUUUCUUUUCUUAAAAAAAUUUCUUUCUUUCUUUCUUUCUUUUUUCUUUCUUUUCUUUCUUUUUUCUUUUUUUUUUCUUUUUUUUUCUUUCUUUCUUACCAAUUUUCUUUCUUUUUUCUUUUUUAAAUUUUUCUUUCUUUCUUUCUUUCUUAGCAAUCAAUCAUUUCUUUCUUUCUUUCUUUCUUUUUCUUUUCUUUUAUUGCAAUCUUUUUUCUUAUUUCUUUCUUUUUUUCUUUAUCUUAUUUUCUCUUCUCUCAUCACAGCUUUGGAUCCGCGCUAUCGGUGUCCACCACAUCUCCAUCGUGACGAGUACCUGAAAACAAAGGACAACAAGUGCUACCAGUUUAUUACAAGUGAGGAUUAUUGGCAUCAUGCCCUGAAUAACUGUCGCAAAAGCGGAGGUACCCUUGUAGAAAUCCGAGGACCUGCCACGCAAAACUUCAUCCUUAGAUCGUUGCAUGAACUUAAGUGGAGAAGAAAUGGCCUUUGGAUUGGCGCACACGACAAGAAUCAUGAAAGCUACUGGGAAUGGGUCUCAGGUGGCGCUGUUACCUGGAACAAUUGGGCAGAUGACCAACAUGGUUGUUGCUUUGGCGCCUUCGAGGAUUGUGCAGUUCUUCGACUCAGUGCUGGUGGAACUUGGCAUGAUUAUCCUUGCAAUUCGCCGUUCCAUCAAUAUUCAUACAUUUGCCAAUUUGAUAUGUUGCCAACAACUACAACAAAGAUGACCACACACUCGACGACCACAACGGCUGUACCAUCGUCGACCAAGCCAAACACGACCAGCACCGAGACGUCCACAGCGGUUGAGAAAUUCGCAAUGCCGUUGGCUCACGUAGUUGCCGAGCACGUCGUUCAUAAAAACGAAAACGACGUCGAACAUGGAAAUAAGAAUUUGUUGCAAAAGGACAAUCCUCAACCGGAAAGCUCUCACAAUGUUGCGGCGCCGUUGACUGAAGCUGGAAUAUACACUGCCCAGAAUUCAGUGGUGGUUGCUUGUAUUACUGGUCGGGGAAUGUUUCUCAAAGAUGUCACUGUGCGUUCACGGAAGAGUAACCGGCCAGGAAUUCCUCGUGUUACUGAAAAAUCAGUUGUCUUCAGCAAACUCCGGUGUGACAGCAUACGUAACGGCAGUUCGUCUUUUGGCCUUUGUAGCAGCACUCAUUUCCCCCAUCUUGGCCAUAUUUCCGAUGAUGCCGACUACAGCUACAGUGAUGGCGAAGUCAUUUACGAAGAAAUUGACAACAAGAUUGUCCGUCUCCCCGAAGAGAAAGAGCUAACAGUAAAACUCGUACCCCAGAAUAUCUACGUAAAUAACCGCGGGGCUGUGGGUGGGGUCGGUGUAACCGCUUCCGGCGCUUCCUGUUCCGGUCACAAACGACGCCUUUCCUUGCCGAACGAGAUUUACGCUUCGACCGGAGCGACUACCCACAAUCCUCACUAUCAAGAAGUCUGA